UGCUGGUCUGGGCGGAAGUUUGGAAAGCAGAAGCCAUGAGCCAUGGUCACUUUGACCGUUCUGUGAUUGUAUUGGAGGGAUGGACAAGUUUCCCCUUUAUUACUCGAAGUACAGGGCGAAAGUACUAAAAUUUAGUCGCAGUAAGCACGCUACUUUUGGCAUACCGUUUCUUAUCUUUGUGGUCGGUGGAUCUUUCGCUCUAAAAGAGUUUGCUAAAGUCCGUUAUGAAUUUACUCAUGUGAACCCAUACGAGCUGCCUGCAGAGUCGAGAGUUGGAAAGGUUGUGAAAAUAGACCCUCAAGAAGAAUAUAAGAAAAUGAUGAGCAAGAUUGACAUUGACAACUGGGAGAACAAAAGAAUUCCUCGUCCAUGGGAAGAAGAUCCGAAGUCCAGUUCUUAAGUUUGUAUAUGGUUACUAAUAGUUUCUCUGAUCUACAAACUUGAAAAUGGAGAGUGCACCGAAGGAAGUGACAAAGUCACCUUGUCCUCACCAUUCUAGCACCAGGUUUUCUCAAUGUGCUUCUUUCCGCAGUAUUCGAAAGUCUAUUCUUGACUCUUGUCAAAAAGCGGAAGAAGCCAACAUUGAUGAUUUUAAAGCACUCCUUGAUGAUGGAGAGAUUUUUGACAUGACUCGACUGGAGAGUAAUAACUAUGGAUAUGAUGCACUUGCUGAUUCAAUACUCAAUAGUACCACAGCCAGUAAUGAUAGUGACAGUAAUAACGCAGUCCAGGCUCUACUAAAUAAACCUUUUGUUCCAUUCUCUGUCGAAGAGUUGUCACUUGUAAAAAGUCUUACUUGUUGGUCAAAUCACAAUAUUCGAGUUAUAGGCCGAAUAUCACCAACUGCUGAUAGUUUUUCAAAUUUAUGGUUGCUAUCUAGCAUAGGAGAAGAGGGUGGUCCAUUUUCUAUAGAAAUUAAUUUUAAGCUUGUGAAUGAAUUUCCAGUUGUACACUCAACAAUUCAAGUAUUUGGGGAGAUACAGUUCUCAAGUGAUUCUAGGCCUGUGAUACUUGCUAAAUUCUACAGAGAUCUUUCUUUGGUUGAUCUAUUUUAUUUCAAUAAAGGUCUAGAGGAAGUUAAGAAAUUUGUUCCUCAUUUUGUCAUUGAACAGUCACAGUAGUGGUAUUCAAUGUGGUAGGUGUAAACAAUAUUUUGGGGGAAAAGUUUUAGUUUAGUAACUAGUAAUGUUAGGAAUGGAUAAUCAUACCUGUCCCAAAAACUUAGGUAGGUUUUCUAGUUUAAGUGUUGUUCACAGUUGUACGUUUGGCAAGAAAUAAAAACAUAUUAAAAACGAA